AUGUAGUAACACCACCCGGUCAGCUACAUCCGUUUGUUUUGUUAGCUCAGUCGUCAUCGUUAAGUCAUGCAGUUCUUGUUGCUGGUGGCGGUUCUGUCUCUGAGCCCGGCGGCGGUGUUUGGGGACGGGAAGAAGAAGCUCCAGAUCGGCAUCAAGAAGCGUGUGGACAACUGUCCCAUCAAGUCCCGGAAGGGGGACGUGCUGAACAUGCACUACACCGGCAAGCUGGAGGACGGCACCGAGUUUGACAGCAGCAUCCCGCGGGACAGACCCUUCACCUUCACCCUGGGGACCGGACAGGUGAUUAAAGGCUGGGACCAGGGCCUGCUGGGCAUGUGUGAGGGCGAGAAGAGGAAGCUGGUCAUCCCCGCUGAGCUGGGCUACGGAGACCGGGGAGCUCCGCCCAAGAUCCCCGGAGGAGCCACGCUCAUCUUCGAAGUGGAGCUGCUGAGCAUCGAGAGGAAAGCUGAGCUUUGAGGGAGAGGACACGUUCAAAAGUUCCAAGAGGUGUUGCUGCUUGCAAAUAAGAUCAUCAGACGUUUAACCAAGAGUUCAAGCCAAAUCUGGGAGUUGAGUUGACUCAGCUCAGCAAAGCCACUAUUCUCAUUUGACUGGCAUUGCUUACGAUGAUCUGUGUUGAACUUAUUUUAAUAGAAGAACUGAUGAUAUGUUCCUGCUAAACACCAAGACAGUUCCCAUUCAGCAGCUGACUUUUUUUUCUUUCCGGGUCGAUAUUACCAUCAUAUCCUUUUUACUAAACCAUUUAUCUUGUAAAUCAGUUCACGUUUACACUCAUUUUGUGAUAAAUAAUCUACAUGCAUUUUGUCAGCAAUGAAUCUGGGCACAGGUUAUGAUAAAUGAUUUUGUUUACUGGACUAUUUGGAAUAUUGAUAAUAAAAUGUUGACAAUUUAA